UAAAAAUAAAAGAGGCUAUAAAAUAUCAAUAGCCAAAAAUAAAAAAAGGUUAUGGUAGCUAUGGAAUCUUUAUGGUUUCCUCUUCUCCUCCUUGCUCUUGUGCUCAUCAUCUUCUUAAGAAAGCCACAAAAUAGGAAGGUACCACCAGGCCCUCCUAAACUUCCAAUAAUAGGAAACUUACACCAAUUUGGUGACUUGCCUCAUCGAUCUUUGUGGGAUCUUUCCACUAAAUAUGGGCCUAUCAUGUCUUUCAAAAUUGGCUCUCUAUUCACUUUCGUAGUCUCCUCUGCUGAAACUGCAAAAGAUGUUCUUAAAAGUCAUGAUCUUCAAACUUGCAGUAAACAUAAAUUUGUUAACACUAAGAAACUCUCCUACAAUUUUCUUGACAUUGCAUUUUCUCCAUACUCAGAUUACUGGAGAGAUGUAAAAAAAUUAGCUAUUCUUGAGGUUUUUAGCAUUAAAAGAGUGCAGUCAUUUCGAUUUAUUAGAGAAAAUGAAGUCGCUCUUCUUUUAGAUGCCAUAUCCCAAGCAGCAUCUUCUUCGAAUCCAGUUAAUCUCACAUAUCAAAUGUUUGGUUAUAGUGCCAGCAUACUAUUUAGAAUAGCUUUGGGCUAUAGCUUUCACGGCAGUGACCUUGACAAAGGUAGUUUUUACUGUCUGUUUCAUGAUAUUUCCACCUUGUUGGGUGAAGUCAAUGCAGAAGAUUAUAUACCAUAUAUAGGUUGGAUUGUAGACAGGAUUAACGGCCAUCAUGCAAAGCUUGAAAGAGUUUUUCAUGAAAUGAACUCCAUCUUCGAGAACGCCAUUAAUAUCCAUCUUGAUCCUAAAAAAAACAACCAACAGAGUAAAGACAUUAUUGAUGUGAUGCUAGAAUUAGACGUGGAUAAUCAAGGUCGCUCAGCUGAACCAUUUGUCCAACGUAAUCAUAUCAAAGGAUUGCUCAUGAACAUCUUCUUUGGUGGAAUUGAUACUAGUUCAAUAUUGUAAUAUGGGCAAUGACAGAACUUAUUCGUAUCCCAGAGUGAUGAAAAUCGCACAAGAUGAAGUUAGA